CACGCUGCCAGGAGCCCGCUCUGCGGGAGGAGACAGAGGAUGGGAGGGCUGACCUUCGCUAGGGGCGGGGCGGGCGGGACCCGCCCCACCCUCACCUCCCUCCGCGGCUUCCUAAACCUCCCCUCUGUGCGUGCCGCCCCACCCCCUUACAUCAGCUCCUCCGGGGGACCUCCCUGCCUCGGACGCUCAUAGGACCUCGGCGCCCUGCCCCACUCACCGGGACGGAGGCGGGCUCCGCGAACACCUGGAGUUAGCCCUCCCCGCUUGGCACUCUGGGAGUCCUUUUCCAGAGUUUGGGGUAGUAACCAAAUAUUCUCUUGAGUGACAGGAAAGAGGAAGAUGCUCAAACACAAUAUAGUUGCUACAACAGUGGCUACCCUUUUGGGCACAGCAGUGGGAGGCCUGAUCAUAUGGAAAUUUUUCCAACGCUGGAGGGGCAAAAUCAGCUGCACCAGAGAGCAUCUGGAAGAAAUUGACGGCCAAGAAUUGGCUCCAGUGAAAACAGAGCCAUUGUUGUCACUCUUGGUUGUUCCUAAUGUCUCACGAGUGGAAAGGAUGCUUGGAGAGAAGGUGGUGACUGUGUCUGAGACAGAGGAAUGGGAAGAAGUUGAGUCCUUACUUAGAAGGGAAUUGGAACAGUGUCCAGUCCUUGGAAUUGACUGUGAGUGGGUGAAUAUAGAAGGCAAAGCUUGCCCUAUUUCACUCCUACAGAUGGCUUCUCCAACAGGCCGUUGCAUCUUACUUCGUCUUCCCAAGUUGAUCUCUGGUAAAGCAGCACUUCCCCAAACCUUAUUGGAUAUCUUGGAAGACAGCAAAAUCUUAAAAGUUGGGGUUGGGUGUCGGGAAGAUGCCAGCAAGUUGCUUCAGGACUAUCAUCUCACAGUUAGAGGGUGUCUUGACCUUCGAAAUCUAGCCAUGAAACAGAGGAGAGAUUUGCUUCAGAAUGGGCUUAGCUUGAAAUCACUUGCUGAAACCAUACUCAACUUUCCUCUCAACAAGUCUCUUCUUCUUCGUUGCAGUAAUUGGGAUGCUGAAGAGCUUACUGAGGAACAAGUUGCUUAUGCUGCUAGGGAUGCCCAAAUUUCAGUUGCUCUUUUUCUUCAUCUUCUUGGAUGUCCGUUGUCCAUGAAUUCAACCAAGAAUAGGGAUGUGGAAACCAGCUGGGAAAAAGUCUUGAUGAAAUGCAAGGACCUUGUGGAUCGACCUUUCCAUGGUAAAGGAAAUAACAGCAUCAUGGGAGAAGAAAGUAUUGGGGAAACAGAGUCCCCAAAGAAGACAAGAAACCUGAAAUCCAGAGCUGGUGGGAUGUCUUCAGGAAAUCAACAAGGAAGAGAUCCUAGGAAACAAAAACAGAAGUCCCUGGGCAAGGGCUAUUCUGCACGAAAAUCUCCCCUCUAUGACAACUGCUUCUUACACGCUCCCGAUGGACAACCCCUUUGCACAUGUGACAGAAGGAAAGCCCAGUGGUAUCUAGACAAAGGCAUUGGAGAGCUGGUGAGUGAAGAUCCUUUUGUGGUCAAGCUGCGGUUUGAGCCAUCAGGACGACCUGAAUCCCCAAAAGAUUAUUAUCUGAUGGUUAAGGAGAACCUCUGUGUAGUAUGUGGCAAGAAAGAAUCUUAUAUACGGAAGAAUGUAGUUCCCCAUGAGUACCGGAGACACUUCCCCAUUCAGAUGAAGGACCACAACUCUCAUGAUGUAUUACUCCUGUGUACCUCCUGCCAUGCCAUUUCGAAUUACUAUGAUAACAACUUCAAACAACAGCUAGCUGGGGAGUGUGGGGCCCCAAUUGGUUCUGAAGAGGGGUUACGCUUGCUGGAAGAUCCAGUCCGCCGUCAAGUGCGUUCUGGAGCCAGGGCCCUGCUCAAUGCUGAAAACCUGCCUGCUUAUCGAAAAGAAGAACUCCUACAGGGAAUCAAGGAAUUUUUUAACACAGAGACUGUCACAGACCUGAUGCUUCAGGAAGCUGCAAGUUUGGAAACCAGGAUUGCCAAUGAGAGCUAUGUUCCCCAUGGGCUGAAGGUGGUACAGUAUCAUGCGAAAGGUGGACUGCGCUCUCUCAUGCAUCUGGAGAGUCGCUGGCGCCAACACUUCUUGGACUCCAUGAAACCCAAGCAUCUGCCACAGCAAUGGUCGGUCAACCAUAAUCAUCGAAAUCUGCUCCGAAAACAUGGGGAUAAUCUGCUGAUGGAGCUGACAAGUUAGCUUCUCUCCUGACAAGAAACAGAGGGAACAGGAAGAGACCGUGGGGCUGUAUGAAGGAGUUGGGGAGGAAGGUGCCUUUCCUUUUUUCUCCUCCCAACCCCCCAUUUUGGGGCAGCACUAAAUAUGAGAGCUUCCUAUGGUAAAACUCAGAAAAACUAAUCAGUGCCUCUCAUGAGCCCCUGCUGUGAUGGGGCAGGGCUUCUUAAGGAUGGUGUAAGGUUUUUUCAGUACCUUGUUGGGUAAGGUCAGUUUGUCUUUCCCUUGCUCUUAUUUUAGUGGACAAGGGAAGCUUUUAUUUGAAUUUUUCUUCCUCUCUUAUUACUUCUUGGAGACAAGAAAUAGAGAAUGAGAACUCCUGCCCAGAGUUUUUAAUCUAUUUAUUCCCAUUCUGAUUCCUGUGGUCCCUGUACAAAAGGGACUAUUAGGUAUAAAUGGCUGAUCACGUCAUAGUUGAAAAGGAAGAAAACUUUUUCCCUGAGGGACCCAGAUUCAUUGUCUCCAAUUCAGUCUUGAAAUCAAGCAACCCAUUUGGAAUGGGUCUUCUGCGACCCCUCAGUGUGCUAUAGAUAAAAUAGUAACUUCUUGUUAAUUUAUUCCACCCUGAUUCUGGAAGGGAGUUAUUUUUUGGCCAGAAGUUUUUUUACUUGGGAGAACAGAAAGGAGGAGUAGGAGUCUUGGGUAUGGCUCCUUGCAGACAUCAUGAAAUAACCUAAAUAAUUUACCCUGCUUUUCUUAUUCUGCUGUUUCUUGCAUGCAUGACCCAGCCAGGUUUAUAAUGCAGCCCUUUUCUGGUAGAGAGACUUCCCCUUUCAGGAUCAAGGCAUGAAAUUCUUAUAUUACCCCUCCUCCUCCUUUACUUCCCACCCCCGUCUGCAACAUUAAUAUCUUUUUAAUCCUUAACUUAUCACUAAAGUUGUUUGAUCAGGUUGCAUAUGUUUAGAACUUUAAAUGUUCAAAAUGCAACUUAUUAAUAAUUAUAUAUUUUUCUAACUUACCAAGAAAGCUUGUUAUGUGCUUCAUGGCUCCUAGCAGGCUUAGAAAGCAAAAUGUAAGCAACAUCCAAUAAAAAAUAUGAUUUUGUAAUUGUCUCCAUGUUGAUGUUGGUUGCUCCUAACAUUGACAAAUAAACCUUUUCUAAAUUUAAGGCUAAUAGAUCACAGAUUUAUUAAAUUUUUAAAAGUUUGUAAAUAAAUGUAGGGAAAAGAAGGAGUUUGGAAAUCCUGUCCCAUAGACAUUCACCACCAACCGCACUUAUACACACAUGUACAACCACUGCUUUAACAGCAUUAUAUCUUUCCUUCAGUGCUCACAUUUACUUGGACAUUUGCAUUACAAACAAAUACAUGUCCAUUUUCCCUCAAUUCUGCUUACUUCUGAACACAUUCUUUAGCCAUAAGAAGCCAAGCAGGCACAUCUAGGGCCUGAAUGUGAAAGCCUUGGAAAGCAUUCUUAAUUGAAUAAGUUACUCAGGUCCUUGUUACAGUGGGCAUAUUAUACUGUUUUUAAUCAGUGUGUUGAAAAGAAAGGAAUUGGGGCAAGAGUGAUAACUGAAGGUAUGGGGGAGGAAUGGGUAGAUGGAAUGAAUUUAUGUUACUUUCCUCUGAUAGGGAUUGCUCUUAGCUUUAGGGAGAGACAAAAGCUGAGUCUGUAUCCUAUACAACCUCUUUUCUUCAGGAUUGUGGUAAUUGCAAAGAUUUUUAGCCCUACUUCAAUAAGUCUAUCAUGAGCCACUUUAGCAACUUGUUAUUUAGACUUAUAUUCCUUCAUGACCUGCCUCCACGACCAAACCAAGCCCUUCGUGAAAAAGACUGGGGACUUCUUAUCUAACCCAUACAUUUUU